GCUAGCGGUUUUUUGAUAUUGAAAGUUUUGUUUUUGUCGCCUUAAGAUUGUUUCGAUAUUUAUACCCUGUGUAUUAAAACAUUCCGCUUGUAAAACGCAAUAUUUAUUGGCCUAAAGCUGCUGACUUCGUUUCUUCUAAAGAGUGUCCGCUUCCCCUCCCCUCGAUGAAGCGCUGCGAUGCCCUCUGAUUUUAUAUCCCUCCUUAGCUCGGAUCUCGACCUCAAUUCCCCUAAAUCUCUAUACUCAAAAGAGUCGGUAUAUGACCUCCUCCCCAAAGAGCUCCAGCUCCAGCCGUCGUCCACCCAGACAGACCCAACCACCAUGAGCCAGAAGAGUGGGGGAGAGGCGGGACCUCCCCCCUCUGCAGCCUUGGCCUCAGAUGCCACCUCCUCCACCUCCAGCCCCUCUGCCUCUUCCUCCCUGGCCAUAGGAGUCCCAUCCACUGGCUCCUCUACCUCAUCCUCAGACCAUCUCAAGGUUCCCCAGCAUGUCCACUCCACCGGAGGGGAUGGAGCUGGAGCUUCAGAGAUGCAAAGCUUGGAGGGUGCCGUAUCUGCCCCCAGCAGAGGCAACAGUGGAGCAAACACUGCAACAGGAGACGUAGGGUCAGGAGUGUUGUCAGGGCUAGGAGUCCAGCAGCCUCAGAACACCCCGUCAAAACGGAGGCCUGUGUUGAGCAUAUCCCCGCCACCUGAGGAUCUGUUUGACGACAGCCAGAUGUCUUGCCAGGAGGAGCCCGCUGUACCUGGUCCAGCAGGUCCAGACUCAGAGCACAGCAGCAGCAUGUGGGCUGAUGACUCCCUCUCCAACUUCAGCUUGAUCAGCUCCAUCUCCUAUAACGACAAUACGGAGGUGCCGCGCAAGUCUAGAAAACGCACCCCUCGCCAGCGGCCUGGCCCCAAGCCAGCUCCUCUGGAUGACAGCAUGGAUGUGUUUGAUGCCGACAGCGCCAAGGCCCCGCACUUUGUCCUAUCCCAGCUGAGCACAGACAAGACCAGUCCCAUAGCCAGCUCGCUUGAGUCAGGGACUGCAGUGAAAGGUGGGUCACUGUCUGCUCAGUUCCACCAGAGGAGUGAUGGGAAGGAGCUAAAGAUCCUGGUGCAGCCAGAGACCCAGCACAGAGCUCGCUAUCUGACCGAGGGCAGCAGAGGUUCUGUCAAAGACCGCACGCAGCAGGGAUUCCCCACUGUCAAGUUGGAGGGUGUGAGUGAACCAGUUGUGCUGCAGGUGUUCGUAGCGAAUGAUGCAGGCAGAGUGAAGCCUCACGGUUUCUACCAGGCAUGCAGAGUGACGGGGCGCAACACCACUGCCUGCAAGGAGGUGGACAUAGAUGGCACCACUGUUAUUGAGAUCCCUCUGGAGCCCAGCAAUGACAUGACACUUGCGGUGGACUGUGUAGGAAUUCUGAAGCUACGUAAUGCAGAUGUUGAGGCCCGUAUCGGUGUGGCAGGAUCCAAGAAGAAGAGCACACGUGCCAGGCUGGCCUUCAGAGUCAACAUCCCCCAACCUGAUGGAUCAGUCGUUACUCUACAGGUCCCUUCAUCACCCAUCCUGUGCACCCAGCCAGCAGGAGUGCCAGAGAUCCUCAAGAAGAGUCUUCACAGCUGCUCAGUGAGAGGAGGAGAGGAGGUUUUUAUCAUUGGAAAGAACUUCCUCAAAGGAACCAAAGUUAUUUUUCAGGAGAACAUUGCAGAUGAUAAUUCUUGGCAAGCCGAGGCAAAGAUUGACAUGGACCUUUUUCAUCAGAACCAUUUGAUAGUGACAGUUCCUCCGUUCCACAACCAGUUAAUCACUUCUCCAGUUUCUGUGGGAAUCUUUGUGAUGACCAAUGCUGGUAGAUCACAUGACGCCCAGACCUUCACCUACACUCCAGACUCAGUCUCAUCCUCAGGUGAUAACUCAAAUGUCCGGCCAGUAAAAACAGAGGGACCUUCCCUGGUCACGACGUGUAUAUUUGAUGGCCAGAUCAAAUCUGUAUCUUCUGAGCAAACUCACUGCUCUAGUCAGCCUUCCAAACGGCAAGAGGACACACCAAUGGAAGUAUCUAGCAAUCCACCGCCCACAGAUGUCUUUAAGCCUGACCCUCUUGUCUCAGUGCAGCAGACCCUGGAGCUCAGCUCUAGUCCUCAUCCAGGCGCAGAGUCCUUUCAGAGCCCAAUGCCCCUACAACCUGAAGACGUGGAGCUUCCCCAAGCGCCCCCUGUCUUCCCUAGCCUAGAGUCUCUUAGCACCAUACAAAAGCAAGAGAUUGCCCCCUUCCCAGUGUCGGGAGAUACUACAAUACCUCCUGUGACACCCGAAGUCCCUCAGCAAUUCCUCAGAGACCCUCAGGACAGCUUGCCUCCUGAGAGUACCAAUAAUAGUGGAGGGGUCGUGGUCGUGGCCAUGCCCCAGAUAGCAACUCCUUCUCAGCCGCAGCCACAACAGUCACAGGUUCCCCUGUUCCCGCAGGAAGGGGUGGCCCAGCUGGAGAGAGCAGUACGGGAGCUACAGGCUGAAGGUAACACUACGCUUCAGCAGGUGUUGGAGGCGGCUGUAGCCCAGCAGCAGCUGAACUCUGUACUGUACAGCCCCACGUCCUCUGCAGAAUCCCUUCAACAGCACGUCCAGGAGAACAUGAAUAGCCUUAGAUUGGGAACCACAGAUAAUUCACUUUCCACACAGCAACAGCUACAGAUACAACAGCAACAGCAGCAGCAGCAGCAGCAGCAACAACAACAACAACAACAACAACAACAACAAAUACAGCAACAGUUUCAACAGCAUCAACAACUGCAGCAACAACAGCAAAUCCUUGGUAACCUUCAGCAUCAACAACAACAGCAACACUUACAGCAACAACAACAGCAAGUUCUUGGCACCAUACAGAUCCAACAACAACUUAUAUUACAGUCACAAGACCAACAGCAACUGCAGCAGCAACAGCAGCAGCAAAUCAUGGAGAAUAUUCAACAGCAGCAACAACAGUUGCAACAAAAUCAGCAACAGCAAGUCCUUAACAACAUCCAGCUUCAGGAUCAGCAACAACAAAAUCAAAUACUCACCAAUUUACAACAACAUCAGCUACAACAGCAGCAGCAACAGCAGCAAAAUCAAACACUGAGCAACUUACAACAGCAGCAACAACUGCAAGAGCAGCAGGUCUUAGAGAAUUUACAGCAGCAGCUUCAAGCUGAGCUGCUUCAGCCCCCAAUCCACUCUUCCCCCCAAGUACAGCAGCCAGUGUCCCUCCUUCAGCAGGCUGGAGAUCUGCUCACCAUUCAGACCAGCUUCCCAACACAGCCCCCAUCCCACACAUCUCCCCCACAGCAGCUCUUCCAAUCGCCCAGACCCCUGGCUGAGACCCAGGGCUCCCAACAGCAGGUCCAGGCCGCCCUGCUCCAGAAUACGCUGACUGUCCUGACUAGUGGCAGUCUAAACUCAGAGCAGCAGUCAACAGGGUCAACCCUAUACCUGUCCCCAAAUCCUCAGCCCCAGCCCCAGCAGCAGCAGCAGCUGGCAUUCAUCUCCUCCAUGGAGACAUCCAACCAGCCCCAGUCUGUUGCGAUGUUUCAGAACCAACCCCAAGCUCAGCUUUCCCAAAUGCAGCAACAGAGCACCCCCAUGGAGCAGCAGCAGUCUCCACAGCAGAACCAACAACAGACACCACAGCUUCCAAUGGGCCAGCAGGGUUCCUUGUUCCAAAGUAUCCCAAACCACUCACAGGCUACCCCUGUCCCCCAGAGCCAGCUGCCCCCACCCCAGCAGACAGGUCUGCUUCUCUGCACAACAGAUCUAAACCCACAGGCUAUUCCCCCAACUAUUCUCUUCAGCACCCAGACCCAAGGCCCUUCCCCUAUGGGGAGCAUUAGCGUUGGAAUCCCCCAGCCAGACCCAGCAGAGCCCAUGUCCUUCCAAGACCAGAGCUCGUCAGGCAGCAACUCGACAUCCACUGAGAACCAACAGCAGAGCCUGUUCCAGGAGCAGCAGCCAAUGCAAGUGGGCCCAAGUUCGAGCAGCAUCCCGAACAGUCAACCCGUGGAGCUUUUUCUGCCACAGACAUCUCUGUCCAGCCUGCAGAGCAGUAUUGGCUCACAGGAGCUGAACAACCAGGCUCCAGCCCCUGGCACAACCAUCUUUGUGGUACAGGGUGGUGUGGGUGUGGUAGCCAACCCUGGCCAGCAGCCUCCAGAACAGCUUUUUCAGACAACUGUGGGUGGGAAUGUGGCUCCACAAGGACAGGCCAACCUGUUUGUGUUUGGCAUCCAGAAUGAUUCGCCCCAGCUGCUCAAUUCCUCCGGACCCACCCUGCCUGCUCAGAGCCAGCCCCAGAACUCCAGUCACAUGCAGCCUCUGCUGGACCAGCCCAUGGCCCAAGCUGCCCCCUCAAUGCCGGCCACCAUGCACAGCAGCUUACAGAACACCCUUCAGGCACAAAUGCAGUCCAGCUUAGAGAACGCCAUUCAGACUAGCCUACAGAACGCAAUGCAGACAAACACACAAACAGCUCUGCAGUCCAGUUUGCAGGCAACCAUAGAAACAAGCCUGCCAACUCCAAUGCAGACCAAUCUACAGACACAGAUACAGAGCAGCUUACAGAAUCAGUUGCAGGCAUCAAUAUCUGCAUCGUCCAACAUGGAUAAAAUUGAGGACAUACUGGAAACCUUACAAAAGCAGUGAGAAAUGUUUGGACCACGUGGGCACUAAGGAGAGUGAGUGAUAUAUAGCCGAAAGUUAUACAUCCUUGCACCAACAGAGUGGCGGUAGGUGGUGUUUUUGUGCCAAUUCCACAAAACUAAGAAAGUUUAAAAAAAUUAAGAAUUAAAUGCCCCUUUUACCUAAAACCCAAGUUAUAAUCCCAUAUAACUACUUGUUUUUAUGGAAUAUUUAUAAAUAAUCCUCAUACAUCCAUUGUCCUUGAAUUGAUGAAUCCGCCUUUGUUAUUACCCCUCUUGCAGGAUCAGAGAGGCCUGUAAUAACUGCUUUAUCCAGUCUCAGAAAUGCAGUGUUUUGUUGGUGUUUUAAAAAUGUGAGCCUAAGAGAUGAUGAUAAAAACCUGCCAGGUUUGGUGGAAAAACUGGAAAGGGACAAAGAAUGUCAGUGACAGGGAAACAGGGGAAUAGUAAUGUGAUGGAGAUGAGUCUGUAAGAGCAGGCAGAGUAGAUAAAACAGCCAGCCAUGGAGUGAAUAACAGAUUGCACAUAAGUGUCAGAUAUAGGCUGAAUCUCAUUUUGUGAGUGUGUGAACUCAAAGCCUUCGCUUCAUCCUGAGAGGCCGAGACUGUGAGAUGUGCUUUUGUCUGUCCGUCACGUGGCGCGCCAGUGGAACCUGGCAUACAAACAGGGAUGACAUAACGUCUCAGCCACUUAAUUUAAACUUCAUGGAUGAAGUAGUAGUUUUUUUUUUGCGAUUAAUUAAACCAUGUGUUUGCAUUUGUCAACAAUUUGACAAAAAUCUACUCUAAGAGUAAAGACCAUUAAAUGAAGUACAUUUGUAGAAUGUUUUGCCUCCAUCAUGUUUGCUGGCAUGGCUGACGUCUGCACCCGAGCAGACUCGUAUCGGGAGGAGAGUUAAAUAUUGAUAUCAACUCCACAAAAAUGAAAUUAACUCGCUCACCAAAAUGGGUAUCAAUACAUUGUGGUAUUGCAGUGGAUUCCCCCGUGUGCAGAAAGAUAAGGGACUUUUAAAACACUCGCAAAUGAGAUUCAACCUGGAGAAUAAUGUGACUCGGCCUUUCGUUUUUGGCACCUCCAAGUGUUUUUAUACGUUCAGGCCUCAUUACUGGGUUUGCAGAUGCUUUUCUUGGUGAAAUUUUAAGAAGCAUUCAACUAUGUAGUGUGUGUAUCUUUUUGUUUUGAAGAAGUUGGUAACCUUUACCAAUUUAAUGUGGAUAGAAAGAAACUUUCCACUAGUGAAAAUGGAGUGUUGUGUGGUUUUAUAAACAUUUUAUCUCAAGCACUUUAUAACCUCUAGCUAAUCCUUAUAUCCGUCCACAGCUCUCUACUGACCCAGCUGAAUUUGUACUUGGAAACGUCCAGUUAAAAAACAAGAAAAAAAAACAAAAACAAGGAAAAAAAAUAACAUAAAGCAGUUGUCUUUGUAAAGGUAAACACAUCUUAACCAAGCAUUUUUACAUUUUGUCAUGUCUGAAUAUUUUUGAGGUCUAGGACAACUUUGUAUAGAACGUCUGCUCACUGUUGAAUUCCUCUUUGUAUUCAGUCUCAGUGGUCCAGUCAAGUCUGUCCAAAAAAGAAAAAAAAAAUGAAGCCAUUCCCACAAAAGCAUUGUCAUUUUUCAGUGUUGGGGUGGUAAGAAGGCCUUCGUGUUUUACACACUGACAAAACACCGAAAAUACUGAUCCAUUUAGUUUGUGAAUUGAAAUGAAGGAUUUUCAUCGUAUGCUAUUUGUACUAUUUACUGUUCAGUCUGUCACUUGAGACUGUUUUACCUUGUGUUGUGUUAAAUAUUUAAGUUUUUGUCUCAGUGUUGGUACCGUGUGCAGGCUGGUGCCAUGUGAAGUUGGCAUCCAGUACCCGUCCCUUGUGUUGUGAACAGGGGCUCACUGGUAAAUGAAAUCUCUGUUACAUAGAGGCCGCCAUUUUGAUUCAAUCUAUGGUGCUAUGUACAGGAGUGAUGGGCACUUCUGAUGUGACGUUAGUACAUAACAGUUUAUACUUAUAUCAAUAGCGCUGACAUCAUUUGUUUGUUUUGAAGCAGAGUCGAGUCGAGAGAGCUGGCUGUUGUUGUGGGGUCAGACUGGAGUGCACCCAGGCAUACCAAAGCUCCUGUUGUGAAUCGUCGUCAUCUUGUCUCAUACUUGUCCCUGCAAAUGCCCUCAUGAUGUUUACUCAUUUGUAUUUACUCGUUUUAAAUUAUGCAGCUCUUACAUGGAUAACAAUUCAGCAUGUUUUGUUCAAGUACAAGAUUUCUAAACGACAUGUAAAGGUACUUUGUUUCAUGGAUCAGUUAAACUCUCAUCAACAUUUCCACCAAUUUGAUACGUUUCUCAUUACAUUACUCUAUUUUUUGAUGCAAAAUAACACUGCUGUACUUUCCAUAUCUACAACAGUAGCCAAUUUGGCGUUAUCAGAAAGCCAACCUUUGAGAAUAAUUCAAACGUUAAAAUAGCAUUGCUCACAUGCAUUUGUUUACAUUUUCAUAGUCAUACUAUUUUGUCCUGCGGCUGUUAGUGAUCCAUUUUAAAGUAACUUAUCUUUUUUAGACUUUUGUAUCCAUGUAUCAAAAUGUAGAGUAUUUUUGUAAAACUAAACGUUUUGGUUGAUGUUCAUCAUAGCACAGAAUAUCAUUGCUGGUAUGGUUCCCUGACAUGAAGCGCAGGUUUAUUGUGACAUGUUUGAAAUUAGAAAUGUAAUUAAGUGGACAUCAUGCAGAUAUGUUAGAACUUAAUUCUACUGUUUUAACAUUGACUUUACCCAACCUGUAUAAUGUAAUACAUGGGCUAGGUUUCUUGUGUGUGUUUUUACUUUAUUUUUAUUUUUUAAUGUCAUGCAUCUCAAAUGGCACUUUGACUCAUCCAUUAACUGUAGGUCGGGUUAGAGCGCAGUAGUGAUGUUUCCAAGCAUUCCAUUCCUCUUGGGUAGGGGAGUUAAGAGCACAUGAUGUUUGCAGAAGAAGUGCGGAACAGUAAUGCCUCUUAAAGCCAUACCAACACAGAAAGCCAACCUGUGACUUCAGUUUCAUGAAUGUAAGUUUUACCUCAUGGUGUGGACUUAGAGCUUGCUCUACAUCUAACAUCGGACCAAUUACAGUUUUAGAGAACAUAUAUUUUGAGGCAGAGGGGAUGGGUGGGGUGGCACCAAAUGUCAUUUGUAUCACUGUACGUUUGUCAGAUUUUGUCUUGGAUUGAGGCGUAAUUUCAUGUUUUCAUGUCCAGUCGUUUUCAUUUCGAGCAAUCCAGGAUGCUCAGUCUGACUCUUCAAAUAGCCACUUCCACCUGAAAGAAACCACGUGAAACAGGAAUUUAAUGGCAGUGAAGAUAGCACACAAAUCUUUACACAAUAUUGUUUUUUGUCCUUCAGUCAUGUAAAUGAAUAUCCAUGUAUAUUUAAAUGUCAAAUAUACUGCAGGGGUAUCUUGAAUUUCAAUUGUGAUGCUUUCAACAGAACUUUGUGUGCCUUGAUAACUUAACUGUUACUCUGCUGUGUUUACUGGUGUCCCUUUUGUGUCACUGCUAUUUGGCUCCACGUCCUUUUUAUUCUCUAGGACUGUUUAACAUCAGGACACUUUUCAGUGAUUGAAUUUUUAUUUCUAAACACAAGCAUAACCACAGCCCAUUGCAUAUUUUUUUGAACAUUUUCUGUUUGGAAAUCCAUCGCAAGAUAUCAGAGUGAGUACUCUCAACAAAAUAUUGUGCAGCUUCACCAGUGAAUUGUCAACUUUAUUUUCUGUUGAAAUUGUUUUUUUUUCCAUGCCUCAUGAGAUUUGUACAUGUGAGGUAAAAGGGACGAGACAGUGGAGAUUGUUUUAUGGAGAGCUUUCUUGUGUUGAUGUGCUUGUCAACAUUACUAUUGUUGCUGUGAAAUGCUUGAUCAAAAGGAGCAACCAUGAUAAAUUAACUGUUAAUUGCCAAUAGUGUGAGCUGUAUCUUGUGUGUAAUCAGUUUGCUCACUUUUCCUAGUUCACUAUCUAUUUCACAUUCUCCAACAGUUCUGUUGUAUCCGUUCUGUGUAGCUUGAGCUUUAGUAUCUAGCCUUAAGACCCUGCAGUCGGGAUAAAGGUCAACCCCAGUGUGUUAUCAUACAUCUUAACUAUUAUUAACAUGUAUUUUGCCUUGGUCUGGACAUUUGUAUACUCUUCUGUUUAUAUCUGUAAUCCUGCUGCUACAUUAAAUGAAUUAAUAAAAACUUAAG